AUGACCGGCCAGGAAGGUCCAACGCAGCAGCAGCUGCAGCAGGAGAAGGCCCUGAAAGAGGCCCUAAGGGGCGCAGGCAUCUCUUUCAAGGAGCACAGACACUCCAAGGCAUGUACAGUGGAGGAGUUGGUUGCAGCUGUCGGCCACUUGGGGAUCCCCGUGUGCAAGAACCUCUUUUUGAAGGACAAGAAAGGCAGCCUGUUCCUUCUCACGGCCCUCCAUAAACUGCGGCUGGCUGAUGAAAAGACUCUCGAGGCUUCUUUGCAUGUGCUGCCCGGCUGCGUAACUCCUUUCGCCAUCCUUAACGACGAAAAGAAGGAGGUGACAUUUCUCCUGGACGCGAAGUUGAAGGACAGCGAGAUGCCGGUUAUGGUACACCCGAUGCACAACUUUGAAAGCCUUGAAAUAGCCGCACGAGAUAUCAUUUCUUUCCUCGUCUCCAGAGGCGUUGCCAUCGAAUUCAUCGACUGUAAAGAGCUGCAGGCCCUUUCAGAGGCCCCAGCUGAGGGCGUCAAUGGGGCAGCAGCAGGUAAGAAGUCGGGGGCUGCAGGCAAGAGCAGCAAAGAAGAGCAGCAGCAGCAGGAGGCAACUCUGGGGAUGACUGCCAAGAAGGCAACGAACUUCGCGGAGUGGUACACCCAAGCGAUUGUACGCGGGGAGCUGGUGGAGUACUACGACAUCAGCGGCUGUUACAUCAUCCGGCCCUGGGCCUACAGGAUGUGGGAGGCCGUGCAGCGCUUCUUUGAUGACAGCAUCAAACGCCUCGGGGUGGAGAACUGCUAUUUUCCGAUGUUUGUCUCGCAGGCUAAGCUGGAGAAGGAGAAGGACCACGUUGAGGGUUUCAAGCCGGAAGUCGCGUGGGUCACUCACUACGGCGACUCUGAGUUGCCUGAGAAAGUCGCAAUUCGCCCCACCAGCGAGACCAUCAUGUACCCCGCAUACGCUAAGUGGAUCCGAUCCCAUAGAGACUUGCCUCUCAAACUCAACCAAUGGAAUAACGUUGUCAGAUGGGAGUUCAAGCAACCAACUCCGUUUUUGCGCACGAGGGAGUUUCUGUGGCAAGAGGGCCACACCGCCCAUGCCACUGAAGAGGAGGCCUUUGCUCUCGUCCUCGACAUCCUUGAGCUGUACAGACAGUGGUACGAAGACUACCUGGCUGUGCCCGUGAUAAAGGGAGAGAAGAGUGAAAAUGAAAAGUUUGCUGGCGGGAAGAUGACGACCACCAUCGAGGGGAUUAUUCCGGAGACGGGCAGAGGCAUUCAGGCUGCCACUUCACAUCUCCUUGGACAAAACUUUUCUAAGAUGUUUGGCAUCGAGUUUGAAGAUGCUUGCCUUUCUGUAAUUGCUGCGAGUUCUUGCUGGCUUGUGGCGGUCGACGAAAAGGGCGCGAAACAGCUGGUGCAUCAGACGAGCUGGGGCUGCACGACGCGUUCCCUGGGUGUAAUGAUUAUGACGCACGGAGAUGACAAAGGCCUUGUGCUUCCGCCAAGAAUUGUUGCUGUCCAGGCUGUCAUUAUCCCUAUUAUCUUCAAGGUGGGCGUCUGUUUGCUCGUGUGCUUUCAGGAGUCCGGAGGGGCUGAAAUUGUCGCGAAGUGCCGAGAGCUCGAGAAAACAUUGAUAGCAGCAGGGGUUCGUGUGAAGGUAGAUGACAGGACAAACUACACUCCGGGCUGGAAGUUCAACGACUGGGAGCUGAAAGGCGUUCCUCUCAGACUGGAGAUUGGUCCUCGAGAUGUGGAGAAUCGCCAGACUCGAGUAGUGCGCAGAGACACCUCAGAGGCGCGAAACGUCCCCUGGGCGGAAGCAGGAACGACGAUCCCAGCGAUGCUAGAGACGAUGCAGAAAGACCUCUUCACCAAGGCGAAGGCCAGAUUUGACGCCUCCAUAGAAAAGAUAUCGUCUUUCGAUGAAGUCAUGCCGGCUCUCAACCGAAGACAUGUUGUGCUCGCGCCUUGGCAAGCAACUCUCACACUGUGUGAAGACCCUGACACGGAGACGCAGAUCAAAAAGGAAACACAGCGCCUGUCUGAGAUCCAGGCUCGCGAGAACGCCGACGGAAUGACGGGAGCUAUGAAGCCUCUGUGCAUCCCCUUCGAGCAGCCCCCCAUGCCAGAGGGGACCCGCUGCUUCUUCACAGGCCGACCAGCGAAGCGCUGUAUAUCAGUUGCCACUUACGGCCAGCCUGACAACAGCAGCAGGUUGCGGCUUCAAACGCUGCACCAAAAGGCGCGCCAGCAGGAAGGGAAGUCUUGGUAG